UUCUGUGGCUUUGUGGGUAGAUUCAGUGCACUGUUUGGUGGUCAGCGGUAAAAACAAACACAAACAAAAUGGCCGCUCAACAAAGUCGACACGUGUGUGAUUUCAGAGGGUGUGGGAAAGCGUUUAGCAAGGAAAUCCGACUGAUCGAACACAAGCGGAUGCACACUGGGGAGAGACCCUGUGUGUGUCCUCAUGAGGGAUGUGAAAAAUCGUUUGUUAGAGCCGUUCAUUUGAAGAGGCAUUUACUGUCGCACGAUGGCGAGAAAAUAUUCAAAUGCAGCCAAUGUGAUAUGUUAUUUAUGACUAAGCACAAUUCCAAGCGUCAUGAACAGAGGGCACACAACAGGCCCUUCAAGUGUAGCUUUGAUGGAUGCAAUCAACAGUUCAGCAAGUCUAAACUACUCAGGAUUCAUCAGUUUGUACACACCAGUGAGAAGCCCUUUAGGUGUAAAGAGCGAGGUUGUUUAGCAACCUUUGAUGCUCCAUGGAAACUAAAACGACACCAGAAAAGGCAUGAUGAAGGCUCAUUGCCUUUCUUUCCAAGGUACCGAAAUGAUGCUUUUGCACAUGAUUGGCUUCGUAAGCAUAUAUCUUCACACAACUGCGGUCUGUUCUGUGAAGUGUAAAUUGUACAAUUGUCACUACUUGUUUGUUUUCUUAUUGUUGAGCUGUUAACUGUUUAGUGGCAAGAAGCAGGUCUUAGCAGUAUAUUGUUCAAUUGUAGCAUAUUGUUGCGCUAUUUUCCUCUUGAAUGAAACUGCUGUGAUAGGUUGUAACAUGUUUUUCAUUUGCUUCUUGCAAAUGAAGAUUUUGUUUUCUUUUACCAUGAUGUUCAUGUUGCUGAGAGUUCAAUUAUAACAACAACAGCAACAAAAAGAAGAAGACAUAUUUUGUAAAUUUGGAUGAGGUACAUGUAAGCAAUAGGUGUGUUUGAUUAUUCCAGUGGUGAUUUAUGUAUACUAACUGACUUAGUUAACUUUUUUUCUUUCCUCUACCACUGUAGAGACAUCUUUAAAAUUAUUUUAGUUACUGGUAGUUCAAUAUUUUGUCAGAAAUAGAUGUGUAAGAUACCUUUGCGGGGGAGAUACUUUGUAGAAGGUUUUUAAGGUUUAAAGAGCACAGUUCUCACUGUUAUAAAACUCAAGAAGACUCACACAGGAAUGCCAUGAACACUUUAGGGAAUUUUACUAUGCCUUCUCUGGCAUUGUUUGUGUAUUGUCUUUCUGUGGUGUUUUAGACCAUUUUAAAUUGUUUCCAAAACUAAAAUCACGGAGAAUGACACAAUUAACAUAAAUGGAAGUUAAGGGAAGUUGAUACUAUUUCAUAUGUUUAGCUGCUAAAUACAAUUGUACAUUUUUCUACAUUAUUUCCACCUAUAAAAGAGUCACACAAUGAGCAUGGGAUGCCCCUGUGAUUAUAAGAGUUGACAUUGGGUGGGGCUGUUGACGUUUCACAUGAGAGAAUCUUUUUUUGUUUUGCAAAAGAUGUAAUAUAUUUUAAAUUGCAAGAGGAGACAGACAAUUUUCUUAGUUACUAAUGGACACAUUUUGGUGUUUUCUUAUUACUUCCCAUGGAAGUUGGAUUCAGAUUUGAAGCUUACUGCACUACUCUUGGUAUAUUAAGCUCAGUUUUAAGAGCAUCAUAUGAGAGGUGUUUGAUUUUGUGACUGUAGGUUUUGACAUUUUUGAAGGUUUUUAAAUAUAAUCUUGGCUUAUCAAAAUACAACCAACUGCUAGGCCAUUAGCAUCCUCUCUUUCUUCUAAGUCUGUAGCCUGGAAUGUCAGUCAUCUCCUGAGCUCAGCCUAAUCACCCGAGUCUGUUGAGCAGGAUGGAAAAGAAAGUGUACAAAAAAAUGACGACGUGAAAUCCUUUGGUCUCCCUUCUUUUUUCUUAGUCUGUGGAGGCAGUGGAAAAGAAAGCACACAAGAAGAACUUUCUGCGUGAAAUCCUCUUGCGAUAAAACUAAGUAAAAGGAGGGUCUGCUCAUAUCCUAGCAUCUGGUUGUGCCAUAUAUUGGUGCGCUCUGCACUUUGACGUUUGUGCAUCUAAGUCUAACCUGGCUUACUUUUGUGCAGGCAUUAGGAAAGCCAGUUCAAGCAUAAUAAGAUAGACAAAUGUCUGGAAAAGAAAAAAAAAAAAAGAAAAACCCCAAAAUGUCAGAAGGUAACAAACAGUACAGAAGGUUUUUUUUGUGCAAUUUAUCAUUCAGUUUUUAUGUAAGUGCAUUUUGCAAUGAGUUUUGUUGAUGAAUAAAAAUGAUAAUAUAAA